AUGGCUGGAGUAAUUUUCGACGAUAUGUUCCUGGUGAAGACAGUAGAUCCUGAUGGAAAGAAGUUUGAUCGAGUUUCCAGGCUCAUCUGUGAUUCUGAAUCGUUCAGUAUGGAGCUUAUACUGGAUGUUAAUACCCAGCUCUAUCCCAUGCAGUUGAACGACAAAUUCCGUUUGAUGAUAGCAACUUCAUUACGAGAUGAUGGUCUUCCUGAUGAAGGCGAAUAUGAUGCUCAGGCUCAAUACCCUAGAAUGAAUCAAUUCGAAUAUGUUAUGUACGGGAAAGUGUACCGUAUUGAAGGAGAACAAAAUGAAAAUGAACCGAGAUUGGCAGCUUAUGCUUCUUUCGGGGGUCUAUUGAUGCGACUCAAAGGAGAGGCUUUCAAUUUACACGGCUUCGAACUAGAUUCCAAUAUUUACCUUUUAGUGAAGAAAGUUGCUUUCUAA